AUGGCGUCGACCCAGCGCCAGGGAUCCCUCGGGCCCUGUUUGGUCGUGUUUGCCCUUCUCUCCGGCUGCACUCUGGCAGCAACUUCCCCGCGCUACCUCUCCGUCGGCCUCGACGAGCUCAUCAGUUCCAAGGCUCGAGUCAGCUGCUAUGAUCCCGACACACAUACAGUUGCGCCGUCUGGAAACAAGCUCGCCAUCCAUCCCGCUUGCAGCAGCGGGUCCGACUUCCAGCAGGCAGGGCUCCAGAACGACAUCCUCCUCCACGACAGUGCCCGUCUGACCACCCUGCUCCAGCGGUCAGCCUUGGCUUCUUCAAACGACAUGGUCAUGGCUCCAGCUCCCGACAUCGGCCGUAUUCCGUGGCCGUCUGUCGCGGCACCAGCAGAGGCGCCAUCCGUGACCAUCCCGGACCGAACGGGGACUUCCCUCGACACGCUGGAGUUCGUCGUGGUUGUCGGUUUCGGGACGCCGGCGCGGUCGUCCGCCAUAAUGUUCGACACCGGCAGCGACAUAUCGUGGAUCCAGUGCCAGCCCUGCUCCGGCCACUGCUACCCGCAGCACGACCCCAUCUUCGACCCCACCAAGUCGACCACCUACAAGGCCGUGCCCUGCGGAACGCCGGAGUGCAUGGCCGCCGGCGGCCAGUGCAACGCCACCACCUGCCUGUUUUCCGUCCUCUACGGCGAUGGCUCGUCCACGUCCGGCGUCCUCUCCCAAGAGACGCUGUCCUUCUCCUCCUCUCGCACGUUCCCCAGCUUCGCUUUCGGAUGCAGCGAGCAAAACGACGGCGGGUUCGGCGAGGUGGACGGGCUCCUCGGCCUUGGCCGUGGCCAGCUCUCCCUACCCUCACAGGCCGCUCCGUCGUUUGGCGGCACCUUCUCAUACUGCCUCCCGUCGUUCAACACCACGCCUGGGUACCUCAGCAUCGGCUCCACGCCGGUCUCCGGUAACAAGCAGGUCCAGUACACGGCGAUGGGGAACAAGCCGGCGCCGGCAUACGACAUCCUCGACACGUGCUAUGACUUCACCGGCCAGAGCGCCAUCUUCAUACCGGCGGUGUCCUUCAUAUUCAGCGACGGCGCCGUGUUCGACCUUAACUUCUACGGGAUCAUGAUCUUCCCAGACCCAAGCAAGCCGGCCAUCGGGUGCCUCUCGUUCGUCUCGAGGCCGACGGCCAUGUCAUUCAGCAUUGUCGGCAACACACAGCAGCGGUCGACGGAGGUGAUCUACGAUGUUACAGCGCAGAAGAUCGGUUUUGUCCCGUUCAGUUGCUGA